AUGGGCAAGAUUACAAAGUUGCUCCAGCCGAAGCACCGGGAGUCUAUGUCUCUCUGGCUGGCCGAAUAUGUUCAAUCUGCGACGAACUCGCCGUUGCCGUUACUACCUAAAGUCCUCGAGCAGUUUCCGGCACGAUGGCCUUUGCCCCGUGGCGACAUGUACCAUUGGAUCCCGCUUCUGAAUCGAUUUGACAACAUCCUUGAAUGCUUUGUUGAAACAUACGAGCUCCGGGAUGCACCCCAAGCGCGCGACUUCGCAAACGAGAUCCUUCUCCAGACAACGACACACCCCAUCGAUUUCCGUGACAACCACAAAUGGGACUCUACUGAGCUGAGAAAGCUGGGCUUCGAGGAGGAUGCCGACGCCCAGUUGAUCUUGGCUGUGCUCAAGUUCACCCGGAAUCUGCUGCAGCACUGCGGAAACCGUAGCAUCUACGCGAGCAGCUCGCACCUCAGCAGCCUCCUCAACUCGUCAUCGCUGCAGAUCCUGAAAGCUUCCCUGCACGUCGGCCAUGAGUUGGCCUUGCGGUACCAUGCCAGUUACAAAAGAACGAGUACUACGUCGCGCGCGUUCCACUCGGCCCUACUGCAGAACCACUACGAUAUGAGCCUAGACAGAGUUCAACAGCUGGCUUUGCCCUUUGUCAAGACGCCGCUUUCCGGGUCCCUUGCAUCGACCGCGCCCUUUGGCAAUUCCACCCCCACGCUUCAGCGCACGCCCUCGACACCUGUGCCGGGUGCUUCCAGCUCGACUGCAGCGGCCGCUGCUCCCCUUGCCCCGCCAUCGACAGGGAAGGGCAAGGAGAAGGCACAUGGCGAGUCAUCCAAGGCAAUAACGACCAUGUACUCCAAUGACUUUGUUUCGAUUGCUACGGAUGGCCCUACCGGUGCUGCACCCACUGAUGCGACCACUUCAGCUUCCGACGCCUCGUCCUCGAGCUCCUGGGGCGAUAUCAAAAUCACGUACUACCCACAGCACAAGUCGCGACAGCAAGACGGUCUUGGAUCCGACCCGCAAGAGUUGUCUCCGGGCCAGCCACAAAGCGUCCAUGAUCGCACGGGUUACUCUUCUAUUCCCUCUACCCCGACACCGCUGCGCCGUGCGUCCACUGUGGGCUCGGAUCGAACCCCAAGAAUAUCUGGCCAAGCCGCAGAGGAUGCGUCGUCGCCCUUGACCCAUGCGCCAACCCGGACGCCUGGCAAUGCCGCUACUGGAGAUGAGACCGCUGUUUCAGGCCAGCGCUAUUUUGAGCUCCCGUCCCGCGUUGUGCAGUCUUCCACCAUCUAUGAACUCAUGGCUCGGUGUCCUGCUGAUAUGCCUGAGACAGCCCGGUACGAGUUGCUGAGUCGCAUCCGCAUCGCCAAGGCUUUGCUCGGUUCGGAAGAGUCACGCCAGCUGGCUUUGGCUGUUCGUCUCCUGGCCAUCACCAAUCUCGCUUUCAUCCAUCCAGAGACUGCAUUCCUCGAGCAGGUGUUGAAGCAAGAUGCAGAAGAGCCGAGACGAUUCCAGCUCACCUACCAGCUUGCCGAACUGAUUCGCCCCGGCGCCAGCAAGUCCCCUGUUCCGAUCUGGCUGCAAUCUAUUGCGUUGCAACUUCUUGAGAGUCUGGCUGGCUUUGCUUCUAAGACCAACGAUGUCAUGUCAGCAGUCAAUGCAAGCGUCAACCAUGGUGUCCUUCUCUACGUUUUGCGCAAGGCCGUUGCGGACAUGAAAGAAGACAAGGACGAGAGCCCCGAAGAUACAAUUCUCCAUGAUGACUGGCGCAAGCAGCUCUUCUCGCUCACACUUCAUUUGACAGCUGGUAAUCGAAUGCAGGACAUUGUCGGCGCCGGCCUUAUGGAUAUCCUUGUUGAUGCCCUCAAAGUGCGGUCGCCCGUUGCAGAACGCAAUUACCUCGUUGUUGUGACGUUUUUAGACACCGUCGUGCUCAACUUCCCGACGUCCUUCCAGCCAUUUGCUGCCGCCCACGGUCUAGAUGUUGUCUCACAGCUUCUCGUCGAUACAGUCGCUGCCGCCAAAGCUGCGGUCCAACGGGGUGAGAUAACUGGCCGCGAAAUGCGCUGUAGCGUCAUUGACUACGACAUUCCGUUCUACCUGCAACAGACGCUCAAGUGGCUACUCAAGUUUAUCUACCAUCUCAUGGCUAGCUCGUACCAAUUCGGCCCCGGCAACGAUCGACUUCUCCGCAAUCUCGUUGACAACUCCCAGCUUCUGCAGAGCUUGCGUACCAUUCUCGAGAAUACCGCAAUGUUUGGCUCCGUUGUCUGGACAAACGCUGCGACCACGUUGAGUCAUUUUAUUAACCAUGACCCGACAAGCUUCGCUGCCCUAUCCGAGUCUGGCCUGAUCCAGAGCUUUCUCGAGACCAUUACAGGCCGGCCACUGCCUCCCGCCUCAUUCCCCAAGGCGCCUGGCGAAUCCACCGAUAAGGGCAACGGAGAGAGUGCCGACAACAGCGGAUCUGGUAGUGGAGAUGGAAACGGGAGUGCUGCUGGCCCUAGCAAUGACCGGGGCAAUGAAGAUCAUGGAGAUGGUGAUGAUCACGAAGACGACGACGAAGACGAUGAUGACGAUGACGAUGACGAUAGGGAUACAACGUUGUCAGACGAGUCCACGCCUGAUGAGACAGACGCCCGCAAAGUUCCCUUGACCCGUGAGGAGCUUGCUAGCCCCAGAAACUGGACUCUUGCCGGCGGCAUCCUACCCUCGACUGAAGUCAUUGGCUCUAUCCCAUCUAUCCUCAACUCCAUAUCGUUAAAUAAUGUCGGACGGAAAAUGGUCAUGACAUCGGGCGCGUUGCAAAGCUACUUCGAGAUCUUCGAAAGCCCCGCCCACGUUCGUUGCAUGGAGACUGAGACUGGCUUGCCCUCGACAAUCGGUACCAACUUCGACGAACUGGCGCGUCACCACCCGUCUCUACGGCCGCUGAUUACAACGGCCGUCUUGGACAUGGUCAGCCGUGUGGGUUAUUUGUCUGAGACAAAGGCACAGACCGAUUCGUGGGGCAUCCGGCUUCUCCCUCUUCCAAAAUCUACGAAAUCUGCGCCGACUGCUGAGGCGAGCAAUAGUGUCGAAGACGUGGAGAUGGCCGACGCGAGCAGUUCUGCUCCAGGAACUGCAGCAGACAAUAGCGGUGUGUCAAUCUCGACAGAAGGUUCAGGCACUGCGCCUCAAGACGCCUUGAACUACAUCACUGCCGCGUCCCUCUUCUUGAAUGUUUACCUAGGCAAUUCGACCUUGCAAUCCCUGUUCAUCAAGCGGGGAGGCAUCGAGAUUUUGUUGGAUCUUGUCGAGUCCCCAGGAUUGCCCUUCAUUCAACCCACCGCAAUGAUCUCGCCGACAUUCCUUCAGAUCUUUGCCCAAAUUCUUGAAAAAUCCCCGAUUCUCGGCGUACCAGCCAUGUUUACACGCAUGAUGAACGCGCUGGACGCCAUCAAUCCUCUGGUGCUACCCUAUACAAAGGACAAGAAUGAGGAGGGAGACAAGAUUGAAGAUCAAAAAGUCGCCGACGACAAAAAGGGCAAACUCAUCGAGGGCAGCGACAAGGCCUCGAAGCCGAAUAAGAGUCGGUCUGUCUUUUCACUUUUUGUCCGGCCCGAUUUCCCCGCCGCCACCCCAGAGCAGAUUGCCGCCGGGACAACGACUUUGAAGGCUCUCUUCAGGGUUAGAUAUCUGCUGUACCUCAUCCAAAGUUGCUUCCCCCUCAACCGCCAAGGCACCACGUCCAUGUAUCCAAUUGUUCUUUUCGACUAUUACAAAGAAUUUGUUCGGCGUCUUGGUCCCCUUCUUUCGUUCGUUAUGGGUGAGGAAGCUGCUCUGAGUGCCGUUGUACCCGAGAACUGGACCCGAGCACAUAUUCCGGCCUUAGAAGCACUCCGCAACUCUGUGGGUGCUUCUGCAUCUGCUGCUGCGACUACGAGUGGUGCUGAUGCGGUGAGCGAGGCUGAAGAGCCUGCGUUUGCGGAUGUCUUGUCGAACACAGCCUUUACGCAACCCAACAAUGUGGACGACGCUGCGAACAGCUUCGGUGCUGUCGAACCUAGCAGCUCAUCAUCGGUGCACCCGUCAGCUGACAAACCAACGAAACAGGAGAUGGCGUCCGACAACUACCAGAACUACCAGACGAUGCGAACCCUUUUCCGGUCCUUCCCGACGGUGAUUGUUCCCGAUCUACAGGCUAUUGGGAAGUCCUUACUUCCUCGUAGAGAGCGCGACUCGUUCGUACGGGGCCAGCACCUGGAGAUCGCUGAAAUCUUAGCCCUGACCAUUCUGGAUCAGCUUAAAGCCGUGGAUGGAAGUACCGUUGCCAGCCAGAAGCAUCGAAAAGUCAUUCUGGAAGCUGUACAAGACCUACUUGUCGAUCCGACACGGAACAGCGAGCGCCCAGAUGGUACUUCGACGUCCUAUGUUGUCAUCCCUGUUCUUUUGGCUUUUAAGAAGCACAGUGGAUUUGAAACACUCAAUGCGCUGCUCCGCUCGUUUACCGAGACCAUCAACAAUGGUUCGCAAGAUCGCAACAACUUGACGAAAUUGUAUUUUGCUGCCAUCGGCAUGAAGAGCAUAUUGGAUCUAUACGCGGUCAUUGUCAAUCCUAAGAACAUCCAGGACUCGGCGGGUCAAGUCAGCGUUUUCUCCCGGUCUUCAGAACGACCGUAUAACCAACAGCCGGCCAACCAACUGGUUAUCGAAACCUGGAUGGCUGUCUUGCCGGUUGUGUCCGAGCUUUGGCAAUCGCCUGUCCUUGAAAAGAUCUCGACCACUGUUCUUUCCAGGCUCAUUGAGAUCAUGAAGACGAUUGCCUCCGUCGAUCUUGACCACGGCUACUACACGCGCGAAUCAAGACCAAAAAUAUCGCCAACUGAUGUCUUUGGCGAUUCUCAUAUCCCAUUCCCGUGGAGAGACAACGAGAGCCGCAUCAUUCGUGCCCAUGAGCGAGACAACUUCAGCGAAGACCUUGCUGUUGAAAGCAUCUACCGUGCCAACGGCAACUCGGACUAUGCUCUGGAGUACGGACGAGCGGUUGUCCAAGGCCUGACUCGAUCCCGCUACCCCGUACCCGCCAUUGAUGUUCGGCCGCCCGAGCCAGCCGCACCUCCAACUACGUCGGGUGGCAACGGGGAAGGUAGCUCCGAGGCAGCGCAAACAUCUGCUCCGGACGAUGGCGUUGAUGUGACAGUUGCCCCAGUCGCUGGGAGCUCUGGUGAGCGCACAACUACUACAGCGCCUAGAUUGCCAUUUUCAAUGGACGUGAUGGCACUCGACAACCCCCGUAGCUCAGAAGACCUUUUGAUUGAGAAUCUCUUGGACGACGCUGAGUUCGCCCUGCCAAGAAUUCCCAUGCCUCCACCUCCACUGAGUCCGCCCCAGCCUGGUGGUUCCAGGAGUCACAGCAGUAGCAGCAAGAAGGAUGCUUCUGAUUCGCCUGUUGUAUCCGAUGUGCUUUCCAAAGAAGACGUGGUGGAAAAGCGUGCCGGUUUGCGCAAGAAUCUCGUCGACCGCUGUCUUGCGGUUAUUCAAAUGCACCCCGAUUCCGUGCAAGAUAUUGCCGAGCUUAUUUCGGCGAGCGUGCUCCAGCCCCUAGAUCUGGAAGAACAAGGUACCAACGCGCAGCAGGAGGUCGGCGAGACCCUGACAGAAGCGCUUAUCUCGUUUGCCAUUGACGACGAGAACAAGAAGAAACAUGCUGCAAGCAUCUCAGCGUACGCCUAUCUGUUGUGCCUGCUGAUUAAUGAUACAAGCUCCUUCUUCGACUGUACCCUCGAUAUCCUUAGAAACAACAUCGAUGAGUUACUUGGCUUCCUCCGUGUUCCACUUGGAGGCUCAACGGAGGACCUACCCGCUUGGUUGUCCCACAUCUUCCUGCUGUUUGAGAUCCUCUUAAUCAAGGACGAGCAGGAAACUGGGGUGGAGUGGAUCUUCCCGACUUUCGACUCCGCCGAGGUCAAGGACUUGUCGUAUAAGCCGCGCACGGUCAUCCUUGAUGAAAAGCAGCGAAACGUCUUGCUCGACUUGACUCUCGACAUUCUUCCACGCAUCGGCAAAGACGACGGCCUGGCCGUUUCGGUCAGCCGGGUUCUUCAGAUCAUGACGAGAAGACACGACGUGGCUAAGAUUGUUGGCGAGAAGAAGAACCUUCAGAGGUUGUUCCUCAUGGCAAAGCAGUUGUCCGGAAUUGGGGCUGGCGGCUUCUCUGAAACACGAUUGAAUGUCUACAUUGCCACUACCCUGCGUCACAUUAUCGAAGACGAAGAGGUGCUCCGCCAGGUCAUGACGUUUGAGAUCCAUUUGUUUUUCGAAAACUCCUGGGUUCAUCGGCACCAGCGUACCCACGACUUGCAGACAUUCCUCGACGUUUUUGCUCAUAUCGCCUUGCGAAACCCCACAAUUUUCAUCUCUGUGUUGGGUGAUCUGGUCUAUAUGACGCGCAUAACAGCAGAGUCAUUACAACGGCACAAUUUCAUGAUCGCAUUGAAGGAUAGAGUCGCUGGGGUGACACAGGGUGCUCAACCGAAAUCGGGAACGACCGCAUCCCAUGACGAUUCUUUUGGUCCGGCGGUGCAAGCAACACAAGAAUUGAAUAUCAACGAUGUGCGACCAUCAACGGAAACAGAUACUCCGGGCCAGACUGAGACCAGUGCUGAUGGGUCUACGAAGCCGGCAGCCAGCAUAUUGGAUAAGGACAUGCCCGAUGCGCCAACGAAGCCUACGGAAACGUCUGUCGUGGAGCACAAGCGGCCCGUUGUCGAAAACCCUGAUGGUGUGAUCACAUUCUUGCUUGAGCAGCUGAUGACGUACCAAAAGGUUGAUGACGCGGAAACGCCAGCUGCAAAGGAGGCAGCCAAGGAGCCGUUGGGCUCAGACAUUUCCAUCACUGCAGCCCCGACACCGAACCCUACCGGCGAGGCCGGAUCCGCGCCGUCCACACCGGUUCCUUUCGCGUCUGUUGCAAGCAGCCUCGAGCGUGACGUUGCUGCGUCGGCUUCUCCUGCUGGGGUGAAGGACAAGGACAAGGCGGGCCAAACUUUCCGACCACGUGACUACCCGAUUUUCGUUUAUCGGGCAUUCUUGAUCUCAUGCCUAAGUGAACUUCUUCGGAGUUACUCACGGUCCAAGAUGGAGUUUAUCAACUUCAAACGCGGCAUCGCUCUUCAGACUUUGACUCCGGUCAAGCCUCGGACUAGUGUGCUAAACUACCUUCUCAAUGAUAUUUUGUGUGCGGGCAGCAGCAGCGGCCAGACGAACCCCCCCGAGACCAUUGCGGCAAAGAAGAAGGCAGCACUUGCGGACCAAGCGAAACGACUUUUGACCGCCCUAGUUGAGAAGACGCCGGAAAAGUUUACGGCAAGAACUCCCAGCAUCUACGAGUUUGACGAGGAUUUGGACCUCCAAUUUGUCCGGCGCUUUGUCCUUGACACAAUACUGAAAGCGUACAAGGAGGCGGCUAACUCGUCGGAGCCAAUUGAUGUUCGCUACGGCAAGAUGGCUGCCCUGGGCGAGCUCAUGUCUGCUAUGAUCGGUGCCGACAAAGAGCGCUCGUCCAUGCCUUAUGCAGAAUCGCACUCGUACAUGCAACUCCGGCGUCUCAUGUAUGAGAAAGGAUUUCUCGCUGCCCUGACACACUCCAUUUCCGACGUCGACCUGGCCUUCCCAGGUGCGAAGCGCACUCUGAAGCAUAUUUUGCGCGUCCUCAAUGUCCUCACCGCAACAGCGAUUAUGUUGAGCCGUACCAACAUCAUCCCGUCAUCUGCCUCGGCAGAUGCAAUCGAGUACGAUGUCAUGUCUUCAUCAUCUCUAUCGGAUAUGGAAGAUGACCGCGAGGAGACGCCCGAUUUGUACCGCAACUCGUCACUCGGUAUGCUUGAAGGUGGUGAUCCGGACGACGAAGAAUACUCAGACUCUGAACAUGACAUGUACGACGACGAGAUGGAGUACGACGACGAGAUGACAGAUGACGGCGAAGAAAACCUUAGCGAUGAUGAUGACGACGAGAUGGGCCCUGUCGAAGGCCUCCAUGGUGAGCCUGGCGUCGUUGAGCUGGUCAUGGACGACGGCGAAGACGACGAAGACGACGAGGACGACGAGGAAGACAGCGACGACGUCGGCUCUGAGGAGGAUAUGGAAGACAUGGACGAUGAAAUCGAGGAGGUCAUUGAGGACCUUCACGAAGACGACAUUAUGGAGGAUGACGGUGCUUCCGAGUGGGAGAGCGAAUCUGAAGAUGACGAGGAGGCUGAUGACGACGAUGGCUAUGACGAUGGUUACGAAGUCGAACCGGCUGGGCAUCUUCACCAAGUACAGAUCAUCCCUGACGGCGACAGAAUUAGCCGCUUUGACGAGAUCGUCCGAAAUAUGAACGCUGAUUUCGGCGGUGAUGACGUUGAAAUCGACCACUAUGACGACCCUUAUAUCGAAGAUGGCGUCGAAGAGGAGGACGACGAUGAGGACGACGAUGGCAUGGAUGAGGAAGAUUACAUUUAUGACCAAGACUACCCUAACGAGGACUCCUUGGCACAAGAAGAUCCUGCAGGUCUAGCCUGGGAGACAAUGGUCGCCGACCCCCACCGCCAUCAUCAUUCCCACCACGACCAUGGGCACCCGUAUCCCCUUCAUCGUCACCAUCGCUUUGGUGCCGACUUCACCAACCUUUUCCGAAAUGAUCGCACCGGCCGUCACAACGCCAACGAGGGCAUCAACCCCAUGCUACGGCGGUCGCGUGGGGGAACUCGGGACGGUCAACGGCUACCGUCAACUAUGUUCCGCCUCGGUCUGCCAACAGGCCUCUUCACUAGUGCGGAUAACCCCAUGGCUCUUCUUAACGACUUGAUGAACAACUUGCCCGUUCUCAGCUCUGGACGAGCUGGCCAGCCUCUCCAUUUCCAAAUCACACAAGGGCCGCAUGGUGAGCUUAGGGAAGUGAGCAUGCCUGUUCCUCAUGAUUUCCGCGCACAUCACGACAGCCGCACAUCUGACUCGCGUCGCGACGCGAGCGGAAACACCGAGCCUGCUGCAGCCAUCGCCUUCCGGCCUUCCACGACAACCGACCGCUGGACAUCGGAAGCUCGCGUGGUUUUCGGGCCCAACAUUAGUGAGGGCAUUCGCCCUGCAAUUUACACUCGCAUCCUCCACGCCCUGAUUCCCCCGGCCAUGGAAGAAGCACGCAAAGAACGGGAUCGCAAGCUAGAGCUUGAACGCCAAGAAGCGGAGCGGAAAGAGCGUGCAGACAAAGAACAGAAGGAACGCGAAGCUAAGGAGGCUGAGGAGCGCGCUCGGAAGCAAGCAGAAGAAGAGAAGGCUGCUGCUGAGAUUGCUGCCGCUGCUGCUGCAGAAGCCGCUGCCGCUGAAGCUGCUGCCGCAGCCGGCGACAAUGAUAACGACCCAGACGCUGACCAGGAUGCACGGGGCGACAGGGACACUUCUGAGCCCAUGGAAGGCGUCGAGACGAACACUGGUGCCGAUGGCGAGGGUACGAACGAGGCACCAGAUGUCGCCGCGCAGCCAGAACAACCACAAGAGCGUGUCAUGGCUAUUAUCCGCGGUGCCGAAAUGGAUAUUACCGACCUCGGCAUUGACCCUGAGUAUUUAGAAGCGCUUCCAGAAGAGUUCCGUGAAGAGGUUAUUGCACAAGCGCUCACGGCUCGCCGUUCAGAGGCGCGCCAACAGGCAGAGACGACCGGCGAGCUUGACGAGAACUAUAACGCCUUCUUGGAUGCCUUGCCCGACGACCUGCGCAUGGAUAUUGUCCAACAGGAACAGCAAGAGCUCCGCAGGCGUCAACGAGAAGAGGACCGUCGCCAAGCUGGCAAUGCUGCUGCGGCAGACAAUGCCGCACAAGAGGAAAUGGAUACGGCGAGUAUUCUCAUGUCAUUCCCGCCGCGUCUUCGUAACGAGAUUCUGCGCGAACAGGGCGAAGAGCUCUUUGAUCGCCUGCCACCGGAGAUGGCAGCCCACGCAAGAAACCUGCUUGAACAAGAACAGCCGCCAGUGCAUCGCGCACCCCGCCUUCGGGAAGGACUUGGCCGCAGCCACUCUGAACGUGCAAGUGAACUCGCUGGCGGUCCAUCCGGUCGUGCUGGUGAGUCUGCAGCCGACAACAAGUUGGUGGCCAAGAUUGAGCGGCGUCCUGUUGUGCACAUGAUGGAUCGGUCUGGUGUUGCCACCCUUCUGCGUCUCAUGUUCGUGACGCAGCAGGGAACAACACGGACUUGCCUCUUCAAUCUCUUCAUUGAUCUGUGCCAGAACAGGCAAAGCCGCCUUGAGAUCAUCAGUACUCUUCUUCAUAUCCUUCAAGAUGGAAGCUCGGAUAUGGACGCUGUGGAGCGGUGCUUCAACCAACUUUCUGCUAAGGCAAGACAGCCUCCCAAGGACAAGGAGAAGGAUGCAAAGUCUGGCUUUGGCAACGCUUCUUCCGGCGCUGUGACAACGACCCCUGGCACCAGUGGCAGUCUUAAGCGGACUGCCAACAACACAUAUUUUGCUGGCCCGAGCUCUCUCCAAGCAUCUCAUCUGGAUAGCUCGCCCCUGCUUAUCGUGCAACAAGGUCUAGACCUUCUUGUGGAUCUCUGCAGCCGCAACCAGCACAUCCCGUCCUUGUUCCUGACAGAGCAUGACUUUAUCGGGUCGUCUCUUAGGAAAUCGUUUGGCAAUCGCAAGGCCAAGGGCGUCCAGUCCAAAGCGUCGCGUUUUGGCAUCAACUCACUCCUGCUACUGCUUGAGAAGAACCUCGUUAUGGAGAGCUCGUCCGUAAUGCAGCUGCUUGCCGAGCUCCUGAACAGAGUGACACAACCUCUGCAGGCUCUCGAACGUGAACGUCGUCGCCGCGAACUGGCCGAAGAGCAAAAGCGCAAGAAAGAGGCUGAAGCAAAGGAUUCCGUUGAAGACAAAGAAAGCAAGGACCCUGAGGGCAGUGACGCUGCUGCUGCUGCUGCUGCUGUAACGUCCGCUGGCACGACUGCGGCUGGGACCGGCACCGCCGAAGCAACCGCCAUACCUUCCGCCGCCGCCGCUGCCGCAGGAGACAGCACAGCAUCUACGUCCAAGCCGGCAAACGCAGCCACGAGCGCAGCGGACCAGCAGUUGGCCAAGGAGCGCGACUUAGUGACUCCCUUCAUUCCGGAAUACAACCUGUCUCUCGUUGUCAAUAUCUUUGUUGCGCGGGAGUGCAGCUCCAAGACGUUCCAGAACACGAUCUCGACAAUCAAGAACCUGUCGUGCAUUGAAGGCACUAAGCAGCGCUUUGGCCAGGAACUUGCACGCCAAGCGAAGACCCUAAGCAACAACAUUCUCCGCGACUUGGACGAGCUGCUGCCUUACAUCGAAGCAGCCAAGACGGGCACGGAGAUUCAGGGCAUUGCGCUGGCUAAGUUUUCCCCUGGCGCUGCAGAGCAAAAUAAACUGCUGCGGGUGCUCACCGCGCUCGACCACCUAUUUGGUGUCCAAGCCAAGAAGGCAGAGGCGGAGAAGGACGACGCCGCGAACACCCCUGAUGUGGCCGAGGAGGACUACAUGGGCAGCCUCUACCAUAACGCGACCUUCAUCAAGAUGUGGGGCCGCCUGAGCUCGUGCCUGAGCGCCAUCCGGCAGCGUGACAAUAUGCUGAAUGUUGCAACUAUCCUGCUUCCGCUGAUCGAGUCUUUGAUGGUUGUGUGCAAGAACGCAAACCUGCCGGAGUCUAGCGAGGCGGCUUCCACCCAACAGAUGUCGCAAAGCCUAACACUGGGCGGCAAAGACAAAGAGUCUGGCGGCUCCAGCAACGACAGCAUGCUGCUCCUGUCCAGCCCUCCGCCGGAAAGCCGCCCUGUGUGGGAUCUAUUCUUCCGCUUUACAGAAGAGCAUCGGCGUAUCCUGAAUGAGCUUGUCCGCAACAACCCCAAGCUCAUGUCGGGCACGUUCUCGCUGCUGGUCAAGAACCCCAAGGUGCUUGAGUUUGACAAUAAGCGCAACUACUUCAACCGCAGCGUGCACGCCAAGACAGGCGCCCAGCACCAGCGCCCCUCGUUCCCGCCGCUGCAGCUCUCGGUCCGCCGUGACCAGGUGUUCCACGACUCGUUCCGUUCGCUUUACUUCAAGUCAGGUGACGAAAUGAAGUACGGCAAACUCAACAUCCGGUUCCAUGGCGAGGAGGGUGUUGACGCCGGCGGCGUGACCCGCGAAUGGUUCCAGGUGCUCUCCCGACAAAUGUUCGAUCCAAACUACGCCCUGUUCAUCCCCGUGUCUUCGGAUCGCACAACAUUCCAUCCGAACAAGCUCAGCGGUAUCAACGAUGAGCAUCUCAUGUUCUUCAAGUUCAUCGGUCGCAUCAUCGGCAAGGCUCUGUACGAGGGCCGCCUACUGGAGUGCUACUUCAGCCGCGCCGUGUACAAGCGGAUCCUUGGCAAGCCAGUGUCGGUCAAGGACAUGGAAUCCUUUGACCCGGAGUAUUACAAGUCGCUGGUGUGGAUGCUGGAGAACGACAUCACGGACGUCAUCACCGAGACCUUCUCAGUUGUCGACGACGAGUUUGGUGCCACCAAGGUCGUGGACCUGAUCCCCAACGGUCGCGACGUAGCGGUAACGGAGGAGAACAAGCACGACUAUGUGCGGCUGGUGGUGGAGCACAAGCUGCUGGCGUCAGUCAAGGACCAGAUGAGCGAGUUCCUCAAGGGCUUCCACGAUAUAAUCCCUGCCGAGCUCAUCUCUAUCUUCACAGAGCAGGAGCUUGAGCUGCUCAUCUCCGGCCUGCCAGACAUUGACAUCGACGACUGGCGUGGCAACACGGAAUACCACAACUACAACAGCGCGGCGCCCCAAAUUCAGUGGUUCUGGCGGGCGGUGCGUUCCUUUGACAAGGAAGAGCGGGCGAAGCUGCUUCAGUUCGUGACAGGCACGUCCAAGGUGCCGCUCAACGGCUUCAAGGAGCUGGAGGGCAUGAAUGGUAUCAACCGCUUCAAUAUCCACCGCGAUUAUGGCGACAAGGACCGGCUGCCCAGCUCGCACACGUGCUUCAACCAACUCGACUUGCCUGAAUAUGAGACCUAUGACGCCAUGCGCUCUCAGCUGCUCAAGGCCAUCACUGCUGGUAACGAGUACUUUGGUUUCGCGUGA